CUCGGGAUAUAAAAGGCCGCGGGGCUCGGGAUGGGAGCGGCAGAUGCUUCCCGGGAAUCCUCGGGAAAGAGGGAACGAGGCAAUUCCAGCCCAGCCCGGCCGCGGUUCCCGCCCGGCGGCCUCCGGAGCGAUCCCGGCGCCGUAUUCCCGCCGGGAAUGCCGUGGGGAAGCGUGGCCGUGUUCCUGGGGCUGCUCCUCUGGAAUCCCGCGGGAGCCGCCGGGCCCUGCUGGGAGAAUUCCAAGUGCCAGGAGCUCUCCAGCCAGUCGGGAAUCUUGGAAUGCGCCGCCGCGUGCCGAGCCGACCUUUCCUUGGAAGCGCCGCUGUAUCCCGGGAACGGGCAAUUCCAGCCGCUCUCCGAGAGCAUCCGCAGGUACGUCAUGAGCCACUUCCGAUGGAAUAAAUUCGGGAAAGGCAACGGGAACAGCAGCAGCGGCGGCGGCGGCGGCUCCAAACGGGAAGAGGGAGCCGGGAACACCCCGAAUUCCCAGGCGGGAGCGAGCAGCCCCAUUCCCGGCGGGAAGGAGGAAGGGAAGCGCUCGUAUUCCAUGGAGCAUUUCCGCUGGGGCAAACCCGUGGGGCGCAAGAGGAGACCCGUCAAGGUCUAUCCCAACGGCGUGGAGGAGGAGGAGGAGGAGGAGGAGGCGCAGGAAUACCCGCUGGAAUUCCGCCGGCAGCUCGGGGAGGGGAGGGAGGGCGAGCGGGGGGAAAAGCGGGAAGAGGGGAAAUCCCGCUGGGAAUCGCCGCUGGAUAAGCGCUACGGGGGGUUCAUGGGCUCGGAGAAGGGCCGGACCCCGCUGGUGACGCUCUUCAGGAACACCAUCGGGAAAAGCGCCGCCAAGAAGGGGCAGUGAGGCGGGAAAAAUUCCCGCCGGGAAUUCCCUCCCCCCGCCCCCUCCUCCCCCCGCUCCCGGAGCUUCAGCGUCCCGCGGGAAAAUCCCAAAGGAAUUCGGGAUUUUUUUUUCCCCUCCCUCCCCGUCGUUCCCGGAGCUUUGGCGCCGCUUCCCUUGGGAGACGAUCGCUCCUCGUAUUCCCGGGAUUUAGGGGCGGGGAGAGGGCGGGAAUUAGGGGUUGGAGCCCUUGGAUGCGCGCGGGGAGCGGGAUCGGCUCCCGAAUCCCGGUGGGAUGGGUUUGGGAUCCCCCCCCGAGCUGUAAAAUACUGUAAAUGAGGCGGAAAACUCGGAAAAUAAAUCCAAAUCCUAAUUAA